AUGAAGCACAACUUCGACUACAAGGUUCCAAAUCAGAUAGGAAGUUUUGGACAGCUCGGUGUGCUGAAAAAGAAUGCAUUUGGUUGUUCGAGCAGCGAAUCUAAAGGGUACCACCUUGUUUGUCAUCAAGAAAGGUAUGAAGGUGUCAAAGAAGGACCUAAACCAAAUGACAUUAUACAGCUGAUGCGUACAGAGCACGGAUGCAAGAUUUCCUACGAUCUGGCAUGGGAGGCACGCGAGUAUGCUGUCAAUUGUGUGAGAGGUAUACCAGAGGAGAGUUAUGGUAAAAUACCAAUGUACUUGCACAUGGCAAAGGAAGCUAAUCCGGGUACUCAUACUGCUUAUAAAACUGAUCCUGAUGGUAGUUUCAGAUACAUGUUCAUUGCUUAUGGUCAGUCAAUUAGAGGCUUCCACAAAGUGAUGCGGCAGCUGCAUGUUGUUAUCGAGGAUGACUACACCUUGGCUUUUAUCUCAGACAGAAAUCCAUCCAUUGCUAGAGCAAUACGUAUUGUCUACCAACGAGCAAGCCAUGGAAUCUGCAUCCACCAUUUGCUGAACAAUGUCAUCUCCCAUCUACCAUGGAAAAGGUACGACAUUAGGACAACUAACCCAGCUGAGUCCUUAAAUAAUGCAUUGAGAUCACCUAGAGAGUUCCCAGUAAUCCCUCUACUGGACAGCAUCAGAGAAAUGUUGACAAGGUGGUUCUAUGAGCGCAGGACAUUGAGCUCAAAGCAUAACCACCCUCUAACCGAGGCUGCUGAGAUGAAGAUUACAGAAGAAUUGAAAAGGGGUAUGAGGAAGCUAUUAACCCAAUGGGUGUUCCUGAGGAUGCAUGGUGUGUUCCAGAAAGAUCUUGAAGACGAACUUGUUACUUGUCCUGAAUCACGCAGAGCUGCCGGUAGAAGAAGAAAACGACGAUUUGAAACAGUUGAGGACAAGAUAAGGUCGCACAAAAAGUUAAAAAGAUACACAAGUGCAGUCGAUGUGAUAAGCCCGGCCACAACAGAGCAACCUGUGAUAUGCCUAUAUAGUGGCUCGAGAGAGUAUGGGGAACAUGGAGCUAAGGAUAUGAGGAGGUUUGUUGGAGUGCUUUUUAAUGUCAGGAUAUGGUCUUUGUUUGUUUCAACAAUGGAUAAGGUCUUUUGUAUGUCAGGGAUAUGGUCUUUCAUAUGA